GCUUGGAUUUCUGCCCAUCAUUUUCCUGUGGUAUUCGCUUAUAUAAUUAUGUGCAUGUUUGUCGUAUAUCUUCUUUUUUGAGGCAAGCAUGACUGUGCCUUAUUCAAGGGCUAUAGCAACCCAGGGCGGUUUCCUAUGGCUAGUCUGGAUACUGUUACCAAGAUGGCGGGGAAGUAUAUACAGGCAUGUCUGGAAGGAAAUGAUUCUCUUCAUUAUCCUCUAUUACUCAACAAGUGCUAUUUAUUGGUUUGCUCUCAGUGAUAAAUACAAAAUAAUAUUUGAGGAAGUAGUGAUUUACUGUUCGAAAAUGAGCAGUUCACUCCCAGUUACGACCCUGUUAGGAUUCUUCGUGACCAGCGUUUUCAAAAGAUGGUGGGCAAUCUUCCGAAAUAUCCCGUGGCCGGAUCAAACAGCAAUACUUACCACAUCCUUUAUAGGAGGACAGGACAAGGAAUCCAUGAAAAUCCGACAGACAGUCAUUCGAAAUGUGAAUGUUGUGAUUGCCAUGACCUUUAAGAAACUUUCACCUUCAGUGAGGAAAAAGUACCCUACUCUACGGAGCUUACUCGUGAAGACUCUUUCCCUCAACUCAUAUCAAUUAUCACAUUGUGUACCGCCGUUGAUUCUGAUUAUUCUUGCAGGCUACCUCACAGCGGAAGAGACACUGAUCAUAGAAAACCUCAGGAGCAGAAGCUCAGUAGACAUGACAUACGUGCCAAUAGUGUGGGCUUGUAAGACUGUUGACAAGGCACAAAAUGAUGAAUAUAUAGCUUCCACGCACAACAAGAUAGACCUCAUGACUGAAAUCCUUGCCAUCCAGAGUAAAUGCAUGGAAUUAUCUCACUGGGCAACGUGCGCUAUACCUCUGGCCUACUCCCAGGUCGUAACCAUUGUGGUGUACUUUUUCUACCUCUCGUCUGUGGUCGGUGGACAGGGCUUGGACCCCAAGAGGCAACACGAAGGUUACGGGAGAGUUUACUUUCCCAUCUUCACUCUCCUUCAAAUCUUCUUCUACAUCGGGUGGCUGAAGGUGGCUGAGAGCUUCACCAAUCCUUUUGGAGAUGAUGAUGAUGACUUUGAAUUCCUCGAACUCUUGAAGCGUCAUAGACAGAUGUCGAAAAUGCUUUCUGAACAAAAACCAGGGACCCUCCCGCAGGCAAUUUCGACCCUUGAUCUCCAUGGGGCAGCUGAGUCGUAAGGAAUGUAUGAAAUAUUGCGUCAUUUCCUGUUACCUAUGUGCCUUAAAUGUUUUUUACUUGCCAAAUAGUAUGUCAUGCAAUCAUAUAACAAUGUUAUUUUGAUCUAAGCAUAUCCAUCCAUUUUUUACCAAAAAAUAAUACUCGCUUUUUUUUGUAUUGUGUAUUUUUUACCUGGUGGUGUUCACAUCUU